AUGGACUGCCAACGAGUCUUGGAACGCUUCCCUGAGAAUGCCACAGCAGGUCGUUGGGCUCUGCUCCCAACCAUUCUGAGAAUGGGUUCCAGAACCCAUUGGCAGUCCAUUUCCUUAACGCCAUUGCCUCUGUGCUCAAUUCCAAUGCCGAAAACAGUCAAGGGGACUGGAAUUAUGCAUUUCGCAAAAGCGCUGAUUGGCGCUCUGUUGAUCGCAGUGUCGACAAACGCGCAAAAUUUCCGUCUUCCGCUGAACGUCAUCCCGUCGCACUACGACAUCGAAGUGCAAGUGAAAUUAGACCCAGCUGAAGAUUUCACUUUCAGUGGAAUCGUCAGCAUUAACUUCACCUGCGUCGAGGCCACCGACACUGUCGUCAUUCACAACUACAAUCUGACUGUCGACGAGGCGAACGUUGUUCUUCAGGCAAGGGAUGAAUCAGGAACAUCAGUGGGGAUUGAUCGCCAUGAAUACGAGUGGGAUUAUGCCAAAUUUCAGACAAUUUUUCUCACCGAAUCUUUAGUGGCUGGGCAUGAUUACAGAUUGACCAUACCUUAUUCUGGGACUCACCUUGAGCCAACAUCUAGCAGAGCUUUGUAUCCCUGCUUUGAUGAGCCUGGACUGAAAGCAACCUUCAGCAUCACAGUUGGUCAUACAAACAAGUACCAAGCUUUCACAAACAUGCCUUUGACUAGUAGUGCUGUGGACCCUGAUCCUCCUAAUAUCAUUUGGGACUACCACGAAACCACGGUGGUCAUGUCCCCCUACCUCGUAGCAAUAAUUGUCGGAGACUUCACCAGAGUGCCGACCAGUGACCCGAGACAAUUCAUCCUGGUGAGAGACGAGGUCACCAACUUGACCGGAGAUGCAGCUGUUUUCGCUCCCGCAAUCCUCAACGAAAUGGAGACCAGAUUGUCGACUCCGUUCCCAUUGCCGAAGCUCGACCAUGCGGGACUCGUGGGUUUCAGUGGCGGUAUGGAAAACUAUGGACUCAUAUUUUAUAAUGAAGACGAAGUAGCCAGAUCUGACGGCUCAGCGUCGUUGACUUUGAUGGCACAUGAAACGUCUCACAUGUGGACUGGAAAUUUGGUGACGUGUCAGUGGUGGGACGUCGCGUGGCUGAACGAGGGAAUGACCCAUUUCUUCACGUACUUCAUCGCUGAAAAAAUUGACCGAAAGUUCCCAUACUUUGACAAAUUGGGAACCGAGAUGAUGGAUAAAGCAAUGGGCUACGAUUUCAAACCCUCAGCAUUGCCGAUGGUUAUACCUAUCAUCCAGCCAAAUGAUAUUUCGAAUGCUUUCGGUGGUGACUUGAUUUAUAAACGAGGUGGUAAUAUUGGCAGAAUGAUGUACUAUCUGCUUGGAGAAGAAGUCUUAAUAGAAGGCAUGAAGAACUACUUUGCGGACAACCAGUUUAAAUCAGUCACAGAAGAACAUCUUUUCACUGCUUUGAAUAAUGCUGCUGAAGCUGCAGGACUUGAACUGGAAUAUUCAGUGUCUGAAUUGAUCAGUCCAUUCACAAAUCAGGCUGGAUACCCUUUGGUGAAUGUCACUAAUACUGGGGUCAAGGAGGAUGGAAAAUCCGUUUACAAAGUUUCCCAGGUAAACUACGACACUGUGACAUGGAACAAAAUCUUGGAUGCACUGAAAGUCUCAAGAAAAACAUUCCCAAAUACGAAUGUUGCUGCUAUUAUAUCAGACGGAUUGCAAUUGUGUCGUCUGAACCUAGUUGAUCCUGACGUAUGCAAAAGAUUCCCGGAGAAAUUGAGGAACGAGAGAAGUUUGAUCGUCUGGCUGACCGCUGCCAAAAAUUUGCACACGGCAAUCGCGAACGCUGCAGACACGACGGCAGAAUUGACUCGAAUCAAGAAAAUUGUGAAAAAAGCUGAAUUCAAUGUCAUGAGAAGCAGAGAAGUAAUGACUCCUGAACACGAAAGUCUUUUGGAUCUCCUGAGGAACUUCUCGAAGCACCUGGAAGGACCAAAUGCGACCAGAUCAUACAUCUCGUCACAUGAAGCGUUCUGGGACAAAAUCUUCGAAGACAAGGAGCAAGACCUGAAAAUGCAAUUCUCUCAUCAUAAAAUAGGCACAGUUUUGGAGACAGCAGCUUACCGAGAAGAGUCAGAGACGAUUUCUCAAGAAUUUCGUCUCCCAACCAAAAUAAUUCCUUCGCAUUACGAUGUCGACAUCGUCGCUAAAUUGGAUCCAGACGAAAAUUUCACCUUUUUUGGCACCGUCGAUAUUUUCUUCACGUGUGUCGAAGCCACGGAUUCGAUUAUUCUGCACAAUUGGCUUCUCCUCGUGGACGAAGCAAAUGUUCUUCUCCAGGACCAAUCAGGAAAUCUGCUCAACAUAGAUCAUCACGAAUACGACUGGGAUUACGCAGAAUUCCAGAAAAUAUUUCUUGUCGAUCCUCUGGAACUCGGAAACAACUACAAACUAACAAUUCCCUACGCAGGAAACAUGUCCUCGGUUCCUUCGGGGCUUUGGUAUGGAUCUUACGUUGGAGACCAAGGAAGUGUUGAGUAUUUCGCUGGGACUCAACACGGAACUGUUUCGACCAGAGCCGUGUUUCCUUGCUUUGACGAGCCUGCUUUCAAAGCGACUUUCAGGAUCAGUGUCGGUCAUCAUUCGAAAUAUUCCGCCUUUUCUAAUAUGCCAUUGGUUGAAACAAUUCCUCACCCAGAUUUAUCGGAUUACGUGACGGAUUACUUUGAAAUUUCACCAGUAAUGUCCACUUACAUCGUGGCGAUCGUUAUUGGAGAUUACACCAGAGUUCCAACUGAUGAUCCGAAGCAAUUUGUGCUAGUCAGAGACGAAAUCACUGGGUUAACUGGCGAUGCUGUAAACUAUGUUCCGGAUAUUCUUCGAGAAAUGGAAGCCAGAUUCCUGAUCCCUUAUCCAUUACCAAAGCUUGACCACGCUGGACUGAUUGGUUUUGGCGGAGGGAUGGAAAACUAUGGGCUAAUUCUCUACGUGGAGGAUGGAAUAGCUUCAGAAGAAGGGAAAGCCAACCUGGAGUUACUCACUCAUGAAAUUGCUCACAUGUGGGCAGGCAACCUGGUGACUUGUGAGUGGUGGGAUGUGAGUUGGCUCAAUGAGGGCAUGACUGAGUUCUUCACAUUCCUCAUUGCUGGAUUUGUUGAUACUACUUAUCCAUAUAUGGAUUUGUUGGCCACUCGCCUUAUGGAAGUUGGAAUGGACUAUGAUUCUGAUUCUUCUGCUCUACCAUUGGUUGUUCCGAUCAAUGAACCAGCAGAUAUUGAUCAAAAUGCAUUCAAUGGUCCACUGAUUUAUUAUCGAGGUGGUGCAAUUGGUGGUGUCAUUUAUCAGUUACUUGGGGACCAAGCAUUCCUUGCAGGAAUACAAACCUACUUUGCACAACACAUGUUUCAAACAGUCAGAGAGGAGGACCUUUUCUUGGCACUAAAUACUGCAGCAGAAGAAGCUGGACUUGGAUUGGAAUAUUCAGUUGCAGACUUGAUCAGUCCAUUUACAAAUCAGGCUGGAGUUCCCUUGGUGACAGUUACCAACACUGGGGUCAAGGAGAAUGGGAAAUCAGUUUAUACUGUUUCCCAGAGGCGACUCUUGAACGUGAUGAAUAAUGAACACAAUGACGACACUUUAUGGCCUAUAGUAUUGACUUGGGCUACGUCAUCAGCCCCAGAUUUUGAGGACAAAACCCCAAAGGCAUAUUUGACGGAAGCGUCGAUGACGGUGACGAUUGCCGGUGACGACGAUUGGGUCCUGUUCAACAACAAACGUUCGGGUUAUUACAGGGUGAAUUACGACACAGUAACGUGGACCAAGAUCCUGGACGCGCUUGAAAAUGCAGGAAAUCCAUUUCCGGACACUAAUAUUGCUGCAGUUAUUUCGGAUGCUCUGGAAUUGUGUCUUCUGGGCUUAGUUGACCCUGAUGUUUGUGACAGGAUCCCGAACACACUGGGGAACCAGACAAGUUUAUUCGUUUGGAUUUCAGCUGUUAGAAAUCUUCACAAGUCGAUCGCAAGAGCUGCAGAUGAAGUAGCUGAAUUGAAUCGAAUCAAGGAAAUCGUGAACAGAGCUGAAUUCGACACCAGCAUGAGAACCAGAAAAGAAUCAAUGCCUGAUGAUCAACACAAGAAGCUCUUGAACCUUCUGAAAGACUUCAAACAUCACCUGGAAGGAUCAAAUGCAGCCAAUACUUUCAUCUCGUUGGAUGAAGAGCUCCGAAACAAACGCUUGCAACAACAGCAGAAGGACAUGAUCAGACGAAUUUCUCAUGAUGAGCACUCAUAAAAACCUUUGGAAUUGAUGCGUUUCAACAGUAAAUGUUUUAAUGUUAUGCAC